GAAAAGCUGAAAAGGAGCUCUCAAUCAGUUCAAUGAUUGAAAUGAGUGAACCCAUGGAUAAAGACAAACCCGUCAAUUUCGCUUAGUCUUUUGACAAAAUAAUCCAAAUGCCACCUGCCUUGCAGCCCCCACUAAUAUCAUUUUUAUAAUCUAUCAGUGAACAAUUUUGUCUCCAAUCUGCUCGCUAGACGUAGGCUACAAGGCAUGAAUAACUAGUAAUCAGUCAGCGUGGGGUCAGUGUUCGGUGGAGAUGGGUAAUUGGUCACGAUUAGUAAACACCUUGCCUGCUGGACUGAGCUGGUGUGCCUAAUUAUUUGGAUUAGUACUUGUGUGCAUUUCAAUUCAGUUGGUAAAUAUAUUAUAAACAUUGCAACAAUUCUGGUUUGGUCUGGGCUGGACAACUGGUCUUUUGUUCAGCACUGGAGCUCGUGGAGGUGGUAUGUAUUCAGUGAAUUCUGCUCUUUCAAAUAUGGUUUGAGGAUAAUAUGUUUUAGAAGCUAUGGACGCAAUUGGGUUUUCUUAAUUUUUGGGAUGCGGGUGAUCUUGAACCUGAAAUUCGCUAGCAACCUGAUCUGAAUUGUUGCAAGGGGUUGACUUGAUUUUAACAGCUUGCAAGUGAAUGAUAAUCAAAAUACAAGACUAUGGGCCACAGAUCAAAAAAAUGGUUUAAGAGACUAGUUUGUACAAAUGCAUCAAAGAAAGAACAUCCUCCAGAGAAUGGACACGAUGAGCAAACAGCAGUUGCUGAUAAAGAUAAAUCUAAAUUCUGGCAAUGGAAGAAUCUGGGUUCUCGAGAUAAAACCAGUGUUUACAAAGAUAUGUUUGAUAAAUAUGGACCUUUGAAAGAGGAGAAGGCUGCCAUUUGUAUCCAAUCCAAAUUUCGUGCAUAUUUGGCUAGAAAAUCUUUUCGAAGUUUAAAAGGUACGGUAAGACUUCAGGCACUUGUUCAGAGACAUGAAGUAAGGAAGCAGGCAGCUAGCGCUCUGCAAUCCAUGCAAUCUUGGAUCAGAAUACAGAGCCAGAUUCGGGCCCGUCGCUCAUGCAUGGUAACUGAAGGUCGACUUAAGCAGAAAAGACGUGAACACCAAAUGAAACUUGAAGCUGAGCUUCAUGAGCUAGAGGUUGACUGGCUGGAUGGUGCAGAAACAAUGGAAGAAAUUAUAGCAAGGGUACAACAGAGGGAAGAAGCUUCUGUCAGACGUGAAAGAGCCAUGGCAUAUGCUUUUUCUCAUCAGUGGAGAGCUAGCUCAAAAUCGAACCUUGGAUAUGCUGGAUAUGAAAUUGAUAAAACUAAUUGGGGUUGGAGCUGGAUAGAACGCUGGAUUGCUGCCCGUCCAUGGGAAAAUCGCUUGCUUUCUCAAGGUAUGAAGGAUGGCUUGGAAAACAACAAUCCUACAAAUGGGCACAUAAAUGGCCACAAGCAUCUGGUGGGGGUUAAUGCAAAGAAAGCAAUCAUGCCUUAUUCCAAAAUGGGUCAGAUGAAUGUAAAGCCGCCUUCUCCAGAAAAAUCUUCCUCACGUGACAGUGACAACUACAUUGACAAUUCUAAAGAACACCCAAAUAUCACUGAUUCUGAGGCAAAGAAAAAAUCACCUCUGCCAAAGCAUGAUAAACCAGCUAUGCAAAAGGUGAAUAAGGCCCGACAAAAAGUGAGCCAGGUUGUAGAUGCUGGAAUAUUGGCCUCUUGAUAAUCACAUGGGAAAAUAAGCAAUGCUGUUGAAAUCCAAAAGCUAUGUAAUGAGAAUAUUGUUACAGAAAUUGGAGGGAGAAAGAAAUAUUGUUUCAAGGUUCUCAGAUAGGUUGGAUAGACAAGAUAUGGGGACUGCAAAUAAAUAGAGUGAAUGCUUGUCAUGGAUUUUGUGUAGUGGCAUUGAGAAGUGCAGGUUGGACUAGGAAGCUUCUACUGGCUUUAAUCCUUUUGCUUCUAGUAUAUAAGAAUUUGGUAAAGUGAAUCAUGUUCAUUGUCCAAAGAAGAUUACUCUCUUGAAGACAUACUUCUAUUCUGGUUUGCAUUAAAGAAGUAGACAGAUUGCAACUUUUUUCUUAGUCGGGAAAAUUAUCUGCUUUUAGUGCUUCAAAAAAAGUGUUUUUGUACUUGUUUUGUGUGCACAAGCUUGAAGUGAGUAAUGCGAAGGAAAGUUUGUCUCAGUA